AUGUCAGGGAAAAAAGUACUAACGACGCACAUGCAAGAUAUUUGCAGUUGUGAGCCGCCACCUCCUCCUCCAUCCUAUUUCAGUCCAGUGGUCAUACGUCCAUAUUUUCUCUAUCUUAGAUAUUUUAUUCAGAACAUUCUCCUGUCGAUGGUCGCUGAUGUUCCAACUUUAAUCUUGCACCCUAUUAUCACGUUGGUAAACCUGGCGACGUACGUGCUCUUGUCAAUUGGAUUGUUCGUGUUGGGAGUGACGUUGAAAGUGUCCUUCUUUUUCGGUGCUGGAGAACAAAUGACCAAGGCUAGUAUCGAAUAUGGCGAUGGAUUAUCUGUACUCAACUGGUGGAACACUGAUCUCUUUAAUGAACCAGCUUUUCCUCUUGUCAACAGAGCAAAAUUAUUGCUCUCUUCUCACGACAACGUUACUGUCGAUAUGUAUAACCGCACCGUUGUAAAAGAUGUUCACAAACCAGCCCCCAGCAGGUUCAACCUAGACAUUGCCGAAUUCCUCUGUCUCAUCUCUGGCAUAAUUUACGAACGGGAUCUCAAUUAUGUAUUCGAGGCACGACAUAAACUUGCCGAGCACGGCCUAAAGAAUCCCUUUCCUUCCUACGGCUCGAUUGUGAAGACCGACUUGAGUGAGAUUGAAAAUUUAAUUCUUCAGAGUGACGAGAGAAUCCAUGAACAAGCUAAACGAUGGGGUUUGAAAUUCUUUAGUCUGUCCGAGUUGAACGCAUUUGGUCGUGCAUAUGCGGGAUUAUUCUAUUCGCCAGACCAAGAUUUUAUUAUUCUGGCAUUCAAAGGCAGUACGCCGUUUGAUUUUGACGAAUGGGUAACGGAUUGUUCGUUCCGACGCGUUGAUGCACCAUAUUUGUUCGGGCGGACCCAUGAGGGAUGGUACGAAUGUCUUUUCUCGAGCAAAGUGAAAGGGAGUUCCAAAGCUGGUAUUAAAAGUCCUUACCAGAGGAUAUUGGAGGGCAUCGAAAUUGUCGUGAAAGAGUUGAUGAGAAAAGAUACAAAAAUUAAUUUGUGGGUCACGGGACAUUCGUUGGGAGCUUCUUUGGGAACUCUGUUCUUUGCUAGAGCUAUGAAAGAUCCCGUGGAGUUACCCAAGGGUGUUAUGUUGAGAGAUGCUUAUUUCUACGGAACACCGUAUAUAGGCGAUUCAACCUUCGUAUCGUCAUUCUCUGGACUUACAAAUACUCCAGUCACUCGUCAGAACACUAUUUGGCGUAUAGUCGAUGACAAAGACAUCCUCGCCCGGCUAAUAACCGGAAACGAUGAUCCAAAGUUCCUUUAUAACGUUAGUCCGAACAGCUUUCUCAAUUACGGACACGUUGGAGAGGAAAUAGUGUUUUAUCAAGAUGGAAGGUUGCCCAAAUCACCUGUGAUUUUGUUUCCGGAAAUGCUAAAAAUGUCGAGCAAAGAUAUUGCACAUGAUAUGAAGGAUGUAAAGGAUAAGCGUCGGGUGAAUGAUGCGAACGAUGAAAAUGUUACUAAUGACGAGAAUGCUGCCAAUGAUACGAAAGACACGAACGAUGAUAUGAAAGCAAUGAAUGAUGUGAGUGAUUUGGGUAGCACAAGUAUGUCGGAAAUGGACAGCGACUCUGAUGAGAAGCUGGCUCGUGUGUUAAGCCCAGAUAACGAUUAUGGAAAAUUUCCAAAGGGACAUCAUUUUUAUCGCGUUCAGUCUUUGACUCCAACGUACCUCAAAGACCACUACAUUCAUAGAUACGUUCAGGCUAUGGAGAAAUCAAGAAAAUAUUUCAAGAUGUAUGAUAGCAAUUAUUCUACUAGACGUGCAAAUUAA